UCUACUGAAGUACUCUCCUGCCAGAGGUUAGGCUUUGCCAAUUGGCGUGUUUUUGGAGUGUUUUAGGUGUUAUCAUUGGGCUCUCCUUUUUGUUUUACACCAGCCUAACACACAGUGAGCCUAACAAAUGGUAACUGCCUGGCAAAUGGAUACAGCCUGGCCAAUUUGAUACUGUCUUUCCAGCUACCAAAAGAUCUGCUUGGAGAUUACCACUGAAGACGUUCACAAGACCAAGAUGGAGGCUCACUCUCUGCCCCGAGAAGACGACUUGCUGGAGAGAACGCCGCUCCUGUCGCUGGACCUCCCUCCCGGCUACAGCCCGUACCCGAGACACCCGGACGAGAAGCGGGGCAGAGACGCCAGCCCGCCCCGGGAGCCGUGGAACAACGGCGGCGGCGUGCCCGUCUUCAUCACGUUCUGUAUAUUCAUGGUGGAGGUGUGCGAGAGGAUUGUCUAUUACGCCAUUGUGUCCAACCUGGUCCUAUACUGCACCAGGGACCUGCACUUUACAAGUACGGAAGCGGUGAUCAUCAGCCUGGUGUUCAGCGGCUCGGGCUGCCUCCUCCCGCCGCUAGGGGGCUUCCUGGCCGACACAUGCGCGGGACGGUACCUGACUAUCGUGGGGAGCUGUCUGCUGCUCGCCGCUGGCAUGUCCCUGCUGCCCGUCGCCGCCUUCCCGUACGUUGAGUAUUACGGUGAGGAGUGGGACCUGGGCCAGGAGACGGAGAGAGGCGUGUUCCUGGUCGGGCUGUUCCUCGUGGCGGUCGGGCAGGGCGGCAUCAAGGCGAACGUGGCGCCGUUCGCAGCACAGCAGGCCGCGGAGAUGAGCAUGGAGACGGAACGGAGCUUCUUCAACUGGUUUUUCUGGAUGCUGAAUCUCGGAGCGGGAUUCUCGCUGUCUGUGAUCGCGUGGAUCCAGCAGGACGUGUCGUUCUGGAUCGGGUUCCUGAUCCCUGUGAUCGCGGCCGGGAUCACGCUCAUGGCGCUCCUGGUCUGCCGGUGCGCCGGGCAGCUCAAUAUAGAGGAACCUAAAGGCAGCGCCGUCUCUACCGUGGCGUUAAUUCUGGGCGACGCUGUGAAGAACAGACUGAGGAGAGGUUCCUACGGGUACGCCGGGCAGGGCAUCCUGGACUACGCAAAGGAAGAGUUCGGAGGACGCUGGUGCGAGACCCGGGUGGAGGAGGUGCGAACCCUCGGCAGGAUCGUGCCCAUCUUCCUGCUGCAGAUCAUGUACAGGAUCGUCUUCUUCCAGAUGCAGACGAGUUACUUCCUUCAGGGAGAGCGGAUGGAUCUGCGGCUGUUUGACAGUGAUGAGGACGACUCUGGGGACGAGCCCUGGAGCAUGCCCGUGGCCGCCCUUAACCUGUUCUACGUCAUACCCGUCAUGGUUCUCGUUCCCAUGUUGGAUAAAGUCGUCUACCCCAUCCUGGACAGGAGAGGCAUACAGCUCACCAUGCUGAAGAGAAUAGGAAUCGGCAUGUUCCUGGGCAUCGUGUCCAUCUGCGUGGCUGCGUGUGUGGAGAUCGCGCGGAAGCGGACCAUGGAGCAGGACGGCGGGUCGUUCGAGCAGACGGUGGCGGGGGAGGUGUUCGAGGCGUCCGCGCUCAGCAUCUUCUGGCAGGUCCCGCAGUUCACGCUCAUCGGGCUGGCGGAGGUGUUCGCCAUGACGGCAGGAAUCCAGUUCGCGUACACGGAGGCGCCGCGGGACCUGCGCGGGCUGCUGCAGGGCUGCUUCUCCCUGACGGUCGGGCUGGGCGGAUACAUGGGCAGCGUCGUCGCCGAGGUCGUCAACGUGGCCACGGAAGGUUCCGACUGGUUUCCUGAAGAAUUGAAUGACGGCUUCGUGGAACGAUAUUUCUUCCUCCUGGCGGCCAUGUUGGCGGUUAAUCUGCUCCUGUUCAUCUCCGUUGCCCGUGGUUACCGCUACGUGGCCACGCCUAGCAACGGCCAGCUCAUCCGGAAGUUAUACGUCAUCGAAGAGGAAGAAGACAUUAUGCUGGGUAACACGCCUAACGGGUCAACUCGGUCACGGAGAAGUUCAUCAAAUAGUUCCUCCGCAUUAUGAUUGUUGAGCAUAGUCGGCUAGCCUCUACCAGGCUUCAGAAGCGGCUGGAAAGAGUAGGAAUUUUUAUUGUACUCUCCAAGCAGAGGUUUAGGCUAUUUUUGUCGUGUUUUAGGCGUUUUAUUUGGGCUCUCUUUUUUAUACUGGUAUUUUUCACACUGCCUAACUAAAUGGUAACUCUCUGGCAAAUGGAUACUGUCUGGUCAAUUUUAUACUGUCUUUGCAGCCUCAUAGAGAUUAUAGAAACCGGCCAAAUAGACGGAUAACAUGCCAGGGGAGAUAUUCCUCGAGAUGAGUACAGUUUGCCUCUCUUCUGAAGCCAGGUUGAGGCUAAUAGUCGGCAUGUAUGUUGCAAUUUUCAUGAUUCCGAAUUGGUUGUUUGAAAGCGUCUAUAAAUUUGUCACGUGCAUAGUAUGGUAGAAAUAUGUAUAUAAAGAUAUGUUUUCGUUUAGAAUUUACAAAGUUGCAAUUGGAGAAUAUAGAAAUGUCUUGUCGUUGAUUUACUUGAGAAAUAAAGGUAUA